UAAUGUUUCAACUUUCAUGGUUUUACAAAAAUAAAAAUGUUUGCUUCUUACAAUAUUUACAUAAUACAUAGUAAAAGCUUUGUAAAUUGGUAAAUAACUUGCAUUAUAGGGUUGCUAUUGGAGGACUAUAAAGUUUCUUAAAAUAUUUAAUAAAUAGUGAUCCGCGUGAAAAAUAUGUACGGAUAGCUUACAGUAUUUGUGUAACACUCGUCGUUAAAGUGCUCAAAAAUGGAUAUACCAGUACAAAUAGCCAUCCGACUUAAACCACCGAGUAUUGCAGACUCAUUACAGUGCAUAUUUAGCAACCCAGUGACACAAAUCGUUAUAACAGAGAGUGGUCAAACUUUUCAUGUGAACAGAGCGCUACCAGUAGAUUGCACUCAAGUCCAUCUGUUUAAUUCCUUUAUGAUACCACAGAUAAACUGCUUUUUAGAUGGCUGUGAUACUUCUGUUAUUGUUUUUGGGCAACCUAAGUCUGGGAAAACUUAUACUUUGUUUGGUCCAGGUUUUGAAUGUAUACACAGUGAAUGUGAUCAAGGAAUAGUUCCAAGAUUUUUGUCUGAAAUAUUCCAUAGACUGGGUCAGCUACCAGAGAGAGAAUAUAUACUACAUAUAACAUGGAUGCAAGUUGUUAACAAUAAUAUAUUUGAUGUUUUGGGUGCGGGCUUAGUAAGGUGCACCAAUGUAGAAGAAGCUUUCCAGUAUCUACAGUUAGGAUGGCGACAGAGAUGUCUUGGCAACAAUCACACAGUUUUCACUGUCAGUAUGGAACAAAAAUGGGUGGGCACUAAUGGUAUACUGAACCACAGAAUGUCUACAGCAAGCUUUUGUGAUUUAGCAGCUUACCCUGAACCAGGCCUAUUUGCCUUAGAGAAUAUUAUAAAGGAGCUAGUAGCAGGAAACCCACCAAAGCAAAUAAACUAUGAUAGGUGUAUAUUAACUGCUAUGCUAAGAGAUUCGUUUGGUGGAAGAGCAUUUACUUGGGUCAUAGGUUGUAUUAGUACAGAGCCUGAUGAUUAUCAAGAUACUCUCAAGAUUCUUAAUUUAUGUUUGUUUUGUAGAGGUAUUAAGAAUUUUGUUACUGUUAAUUUAUUUGCUGACAACAAUACUCCUGUAUAUACAGACAAAGCUGUGAUGCCGACAGAUAAUGCAUUUAAUUUACAAUUUGCUACAGCUCAGUGGAUCAAAUUAGUAUCAAAUGCUGAAGGACUUUUUAAUAAAAUUUUACAGUCAAAAUCUUUAUCAGAAACUGACAUGAAUCAAGUGAGUGAAUGGCUAUUUUUAAAGGCUGAAUGUGACGAAUGCUUGAAUAGUGAUAUGACUACAGAUAAUAAGGACACUGGUACUAAACAAGGUUUACCUAGAAUAGCGGAGGACACAGAGCCGAGUGAGCCGAGUGAAUCAGAUGUGGAAUCUGACAGUGAGGAUUCUGACUCUGAAACAGUUUUCCAAGAUAAACUUGAAAAGCUAAUGGAUUACUUUAGAGAGAAAAAUGAUCAAUUGUUUGCUGACAGAUGUGAAGAAUACUUGAACCACAUUGAUUCUGAUGAUAUUACAAUAUCAGAAACCAGUGGUUCACAAUCCUUGCCCAUAAUGACAUCACAGUCUAAUUCUGGACGAAGAAGGACUAUUCAGCCUGGAGAGAGUAUUUCAGGAGAGCAGUUGGAACUUUUAAGGAAAGUGGCUGCCAAAGCUAUUUCACCAGAAUCUCAGAAAAUUAUAAUAGAAUCUCAUAAAAAAGAAAUAGAUCCUGAGCCUAAGUUGAUUGAAAGAGAGUUACUUAAGAUGAUAGAUUCUCCAAAGAUAAAUGAGAUAUGCAAAAAAUACAAAAUGACUAAAGAAAAAUAUACACAAAAGCAAAUCUUAGCACGAAAGUUAUCCAAAGAGAUCAGCAGCAGUCAAACACAAUUAAAAGAAUUGAUAAAUCUUUGUAUAGCUAAGCAGAGAUUAAUAGAUGAUCUUUAUAAACCAUCACAUCCUCGCAGUAAAGCCUGUACAGAGAAAGUUGAAUCAAGUUUAGUAGAUCAAGAUACAGCGAGAGAAAUAAAAAGACAUGAAACAAAUUUAAAGACUUAUAAGAAACAGAUAGAACAAAUAAAGAGGCAAAUUAAAAAGGAUGAAAAAAGAAAGAAUACGUUAGAUAUAGAACUUCUCAAAGAUAAAUUAAAGUUAGACGAGCUGUCCGAGUCCUCAAUAGAUGGAAAGGAUAGAAAAUCUCACUCAAUAAAACAUUUCACUCAUAGGAUAACACAGUUAGAUAGUAUUUUAAAGGAAAAAACCAAUGAUUUAGCGAAUUUAGAAUUAUCAAAAGAAAAAGAGUUAAUGUUACGUAAGGAGAUCAAAAAUUUACGAAAAACAAGAGAAUGUUUACAUGAGCAACGUUGUAGCUUAGGUCAUAAGAGAAAAAUGUACAAAUCACUUUCAGACUCUGAGGAGCGCAAAUUACUGGAAUGUGAAGAGGCUAUAGAAGCAAUAGACACUGCCAUAGAGUAUAAGAAUAAUUUGAUAUGUGGAAGAUCACCAUCCGCUUCUCUAUCUGACUCUCAAGACAACAAGGACGGCCGGAGCCGGGGCGAACAGAUGUUGAUGGCCAGACUUGAUAAGCUCUCCCAUGAUGAGAUGAAGACAUUAUUGUACAGAUAUUUUCAAAAGGUGGUGGAUUUGCGUGGUGCAUGUGCGGCCUUAGAAGCGGGCGCAGCGGAGGCGGCGGAUGAAGCGGCGGCCUGGCGAGCGCGUGCCGCCGCCGCUUGGCGACAUGCGCAGCGCGCUAGGCCCCUGCCUCACAGGUGUGUUGACGGCAGCAACGCGCAGCGAGCCCUGUCGCUCGGCAUGACGACAGACUCGGAGACAUCAGACGACGCCUUGCGAUUGGUUGACCGCGUAAGACAACUCGCGAGAUACCCACCGGCUCCCGUGAUUCCCAGACAAAACUUAAGACAGCUAAUGCCAGCUACGUACCUACCCGUGGCCAAAGUGACGAAGGAAAAGAACAAGUUGGUGAUUGUACAGCAAAGCAAGAAGAACUGAUAUCGGGCGAUCUUUUUAUGUUUACCGCUCAAUAUAAUUUUAAUUCUCUCUAUUUAUUCACUUCUACUCCUCGUGUUUGAUGAGAUCUAUAUACUUUUGAACUGUAUUAGUAAAUUGCGAAAUUAUGUUGUCCUUAUUUUAAGUCGACUAUUUAUUGAUCUUGAGGAAGCCUAUGUCCAACAAUAGACGCAAAUAAGCUGAUGAUUUUGAUUGAAAUCAGAAAGUGAAUCUUCGUUAAAUACUCAACCGGAUUCAAGUGGCAAUUUUUAUUUAGGAAAAACAAAGACGAUUCUCAGUUAUUUUAUAAUUCCUUGAUAAACCUUAAAGCACGCUAAUGAAGUCAUAGGAAAAGCGAGUUUUAGAGAUUCAACAGUAUAAUUUAUGAUGUUCUUGUUUACAUUAUUGGCAUAGUAUAAUAAUGCAAUGAGUAUGAUUUGUCUAGACUCUACUAUCGCUUGGGAAAACAGAUUUUACUAGCAAGAACUAUUCUUUUUGCUCUUUUAAAGUAAAUCAUCAUCACUUGCUAGCAGGUCUGAUUGCAGCCAAGCGCUAGUCUAUAUAAUUUAAAAAAAAAAAAAUCUCUUUUCAAGUAGUUCUCUUUUAAAAUAAAUGUUACAUUAUUUUGUGGAGUGCUAAAUACAAAGCCGACAGUUUCCAAUAUCUCUCCAAGCUGAUAAAGCCUUAAAUCAACUUUCUAAUCAUCGCCUAAAAAUAUAGGGUAGUAACAUUGUGAUUUGAAUAUAUUUGAUAAUUUAGCACUUGCUUUGUGCAAUUUAUUAAUUUUGAAAAUAUAACUAAGCACAAAAUUGUUUAAAAUAAAAUAGAUUUUUAUAUGCCCUAAUCAUUUAAGAUUCAUUAAAAUUGUGUUCAAUACAUCACUGACAAUAGUUAAUUCAUCGAAUAUAUGCAUUUAAAUAUACAUAGAAAGGUUAAGAAGAUCUUAAAAUAGAAACAAAAUUGUUGACUAGUAUUUGAUGUCAUAUUAGCUGAUUGCAUAUAUGUACAUAUUACAAACGACUCGAAUCGCACGUGGCGAUUUUACACUGAGUUAUUAGUUAAACACUAGUCUAAUUAAGGUGCAUGACACGGGUCUGCCCGCGAAAUUCAAAUUUAAUUCGGUUUUUCGCAAUUUGUAAACUAAUACGACAAAGUAGGCUUAUGGCAUUCUAGUUCCGCCAAUGGCAGUAUCAUUUU